AAAUUGGAGAGCAAGCAGAGACAAGUGGCCUCACCUUGCGAGUGUGAUUUUGCAUCACCAGCGAAGGAUGGCUUGGUGGACUUGUUGAUAGGUGUUGAUAAUGCCGACUUGCAUUAUUCUUUUGUUGAUAUCCGUGGAAAGGGAGGUGAACAGGUGGCUCGUUUGGGUCCGCUAGGAUGGACUUGCAUUGGACCUCCAGAUGGUAAAGUGGGUUCUGGAAUAAGAACACACACCAUCCGAACACUGUUUACCAGGGAGGGUGGGCCGAUUAGCGAAACCGGAGGUUGUUGUGAAUUGGAUCAAACCCUUAAGCGUUUUUGGGAGAUUGAGAGUUACGGGACUGAACUUUGUGAUCGAAUUGUCUGCACUGAAGAGGAGAAAGUGGCCUUGGAAAAAGUGAGCAGCUCUCUUCGUUAUAACAAUGGGAGAUACAGUGUUGCCGUGCCAUGGAAAGAACGGAGGCCUCAGGUACCCAACAAUCGGCAAAUGGCAGAAUCCCGUCUUCUCAGCACCGAGAGAAAUCUGAAGAAGAAAGAGUUUGUUGAAAAGGAGCAUCAGAAGGCUAUUGAAACGUAUGUAAAGAAAGGGUACCUUCCUGAAGUCUCAGAAACCGAAGCACCACCCCCUAGAAUUUGGUACCUACCGCACCUCCCGAUUGUUAAGAUGAGCAAGUCCUCAACCAAAGUGAGGAUUGUCGUUGAUUGUUCUGCAUGGUGCAAUGGAAUCAUGUCAUUGAUGCUGGGCCAAAUCUUCAGAGAGAGUUGUUUGAUGUUCUAAUCCGUUUCCACCGCAACCCGGUAGCCCUUGUGUGCGACAUCCAAGAGAUGUAUCUCCAGAUACAAAUUGAAGCCGAAGAUCGACCGUUUUUCCGAAUUCUGAGGUGAGAUGGAGAAACCGACCGCGAUCCAGACGUGUACGAUUGUUGAAGCUAACACACAAAGUCGAACACAAUGGCUUACUUGGCUGUCAUAGACGGUUGCAAUACGCCGAGUAUCUUCCCUAUGAUGUCAUUUUCCAGUCAUCUUGCCUAGAGGGAACUGGACGACUAAAGUGAUCGUAAAGCACUUUCACGAAGCUGGACACCAUACCACCGGGACAAAUCACACGCUCGCAAAGGUCUCGACCAAGUGCUGGAUAGUAGCAGCUCGAGAAGACACCCGAGACUGGGAAAAGGCAUGCGAUGAGUGCAGGAGACGUAAGUUGAAAGCCGCUGAGCAAAACAUGGCGCCACCACUGGAUGUAAGAGUGCAUCCACUUGGAGCAUUCGCCCACGUUUCAGUCGAUUAUGGAGGCCCGUUCAUUACUGUCCAAGGUCGUGGACAAAAGCGUUGGCCGUAUCUGUUUACGUGCCUAUCAGGUCGGGCAGUACACUUGGAAAUGGCUUAUGGUCUGGACACCGACAGCUUCUUGAGGUGUUUCCUCCGAAUGACCCGUCGCAGGGGAUAUCCGUUAACGAUCGUGAGCAGUCGUGGAAACAACUUCAUUUGCGCAGAGAGAGAGCUUCGGGAGAUAACAGACGACUUAGAUCACACUCAAA